AUGGACCUGGACGUGGACGUGGACGUGGACGUGGACAUGGACGUGGACAUGGACGUGGACGUGGACGUGGACGUGGAGGUGGACAUGGGCGUUGACGUGGACGUGGACGUCGGCGUUGACGUGGACGUGGACGUCGACGUGGACGUGGACAUGGACGUGGAUGUGGACGUGGACGUGGACGUGGACAUGGUCGUGGACAUGGACGUGGACAUGGACGUGGACGUGGACGUGGACGUGGAGGUGGACAUGGAGGUGGACAUGGACGUGGACAUGGACAUGGACGUGGACAUGGACGUGGACAUGGACGUGGACGUGGAGGUGGACGUGGACAUGGACGUGGACAUGGACGUGGACAUGGACGUGGACGUGGAGGUGGACGUGGACGUGGACGUGGACAUGGACAUGGAUGUGGACAUGGUCGUGGACGUGGACGUGGACGUGGACAUGGUCGUGGACAUGGACGUGGAUAUGGACGUGGACGUGGACGUGGACGUGGACAUGGACGUGGACGAGGAGGUGGACGUGGACAUGGACGUGGACGUGGACGUGGACAUGGACAUGGACGUGGACGUGGACGUGGACGUGGACGUGGACGUGGACGUGGACAUGGACGUGGACGUGGACGUGGACAUGGACGUGGACAUGGACGUGGACAUGGACGUGGACGUGGACGUGACGUGGACAUGGUCGUGGACGUGGACGUGGACGUGGACAUGGACGUGA